CCAUGUCAAAAUGAGCAAAGAUAAAGGGCCACCGAAAAAAGGACGGAGAUACUUCCCGACUGUUAGGCAAUUAGUUAGCGACCGUGUUGGAGUAGUCGCUCGAGAGAAUUGGGCUCCAACUUUGGAAGCUUUCCCGCCAUUCAAUCCCAAAGUAGUGCAGAAUAUUUACUACCAAGAACUACAAGGUCAUGAAAAAACCAGCCAAAUUAUGUUUCUUGAAUUUUCACAGUAUCUAGAAAAUUAUCUGUGGCCAAAUUUUUGCGCACAGAGAUCAUCAAAAGAGCACGUAAUUUCAAUCGUCAUGAUGGUCAAUGAAAAAUGGCGAGAGCGGAAUCCUGCUUGGUCAGUAUUUGUAUCAUCACCAGCACAAUUUGAAGGCUUCUUCCAAGCUGUUCUAGAUUACAGUUUAGCCGAAAAUUCCAUAGUAACUUUAGUGGAAAAAUCAGUUCUUCUAGUGUUUUUGAUGCACUGUAUGAACAGCAUUGAAGUUGACAUCAUCCGAUUUGAAAUUCAAAAACUUCUAUCGCUUGCAUCUUGGGAAAAUCUUCUCCCUGGGAAGCUUAACGAGGAACUGGAUAGAAAUCCCAAGUUAAAGAAAUUGUGGAAAGCACUGGUGAAGUCGGACAAGAAGCUGGACGAAGAUGCUCUGCUCAAGGCCAAGAAGGGGAGGGACUUCAUGAAGCGAAUGCUGCAACAGUUUGUGGGCUUAGUCAGCGAAAUGGAACGAGAACCUGAAGUGAACGUUGAAAAAAGAAAAUACUGCGAGAGAUUUUUGGAGCUUUUGAUUGACAUGGAAGUCAUUCUACCUACAAGGCGAUUUUUCAAUACACUUCUGGACAAUGAGCAAGUUGUAGUAAGGUUAGAAAUGUCUAAAUUGAAUGGACACCCAGACUGUAGUUUGCUGUGUGAGAUGUUGCAGUACUUGAAGUACUACGCCUCCUUCGAAAUAGAUGACCACAGUGGCAAUCCGCUUACUCAGAAAGAAAUGAUGUCCAGACAUUACCGGCGAGUCACUGAGUUGCAGAGGUCUGUGUUCAAAUUGUAUCCAGAGCUGCACAAGUUCUGCACUAGCAGUGUGUCAAGAAUAGACUCACGAGAGAUGUUGAUGAAGCACUUUAGACCUCUAAACAGUAAAAAACUGCAUCAUGUUUGUGCGAUGUUGAAUAUGGUAGAAUCACUGCCUCAAGAGGGCGGCAAGAGUAGCUACGAUAAACGACUGCUGUUGGAGAUGAUCACAAGUAGACACGAGAAGAGACUUACCCAGUUGCAGAAGAUCAAUAAUAUGCCACUAUACCCCACGGAAGAAUUGCUGUGGGAUGAGAACGUCAUCCCAAUGAGCUUCUAUGAUGGCAAGCACUGCCUAGCUUUGCCCAAACUUAAUUUGCAGUUUUUGACACUGCACGAUUAUCUUCUGCGCAAUUUCCACCUGUUCAGGCUGGAGGCCGCUUACGAGAUACGGGAAGAGCUUGAAGAUGUAGUGUCUCGGCUAAAGCCAUGGCAUACUAGGGAUACCCAGGAAGUCAACUUCGGGGGCUGGGCUAAAUUUGGUAUGCCCAUCACUAAUUUCACCCGCUUUGAAGUCACCCAGCCGCGACUAGGAGAGGCACAUCCUGCUAAAGUAUCCGGUCACGUGACUGUAACACUUUCCAUGCGACCAGAGCUGAAAGAGGAAUGGGAAAACCUGAGAAGAUUCGAUACUGGUUUUUUGUUGACGUUGCGGCCCUCUAACGAUUCAGUCCAGAAUUUAGACAAUGAAGCCGAUUUCCAGACAAGAUUCGGAGUGGUAUACGUGAGGGGCAUCGAGUUCGAGGGCAAGUUGGACGACGAAGGCAAACUGAUCGAGGACUUCCCAGACCAGCCAGUGAAGUUCAAAGGGGACCAGCGGACGUUUCGUGUACUAAUGGAUCCUUGUCAAUACCAGAUAGACAUGGAGAACCACGAAAAUGGGGAGGAGGAUGUGUAUGAAACCUUCAAUGUGAUAUUCCGACGAAGUCCAAAAGUGAACAACUUCAAAGCAGUGCUUGAGACCAUUCGAGAUCUGAUGAACAGUGAGUUCAGUGUGCCAGAGUGGCUGCAUGACAUCAUACUGGGCUACGGGGAUCCAGCAUCUGCGCACUACUCUAAUAUGCCACAUGUACUGGGUCACACCACGGGCGGAGAUGAGGACGACGAUGGCUGGUUAGACUUCAAUGACACUUUUUUGGACUAUGAGCACCUGGUGCAUGGGUUCCCCAACUGUAGAGUGCAAUUGAGGAGACAAGUAAGUAGGGAUCAGAUGAUACCUCCCUUCAGACUUCGAUUCAAACAGCUGAGUAAGGAGACAGGAGAAGAUGACAAGGAAACAGUAGAAGGAACGGGGACUGAAGAUGAGAGGAAAAAUACGGAGAUGGAAAUGGAGAGUGUAGUGGAAGUGGAUCCCCACGUGAUUCCUAACAGGGGACCCUUCCCCUUCGACGCUCCCAAGAAGAAUGCGAUCAGAUUCACACCCACACAGAUAGAGGCCAUCAAGUCAGGUAUGCAUCCUGGCCUGACUAUGAUUGUGGGUCCCCCGGGAACUGGAAAGACAGAUGUGGCAGUCCAGAUCAUCUCCAACCUGUACCACAACUGGCCUCACCAGAGAACCCUCAUAGUCACCCACAGCAACAUGGCACUCAACCAGCUGUUCGAGAAGAUCAUUGCUCUGGACAUCGACGAGCGCCACUGUCUCCGAUUGGGACACGGGGAAGAGAGUCUGGAGACGGAGAAGGACUUCAGUCGAUAUGGAAGAGUGAACUUCGUCCUGCAGCAGAGACUGCAACUGCUGGCUGAAGUGUCCAGACUGCAAAGGAGUCUCCUCACUCUCAACCCAGUGGAAUCAAGUAGUCAGGAAGCAACCACCAGCAAAAGUACUGGCACCAAUAAUAGCUCAGCUGGUCACGUGGAAUACACUUGCGAGACAGCAGCACAUUUUUUCCUACACCAGGUGGUCUCUCGCUGGGAGCAGUACUGGGGAAAAGUAGGCGGCGGAACGUCAAAAGAAGGCCAUGUCACUAGCAGAGACGUGAUUGACCUUUUCCCCUUCCACGGUUUCUUUUCCACUGCACCUCAGCCAUUGUUCACAGCAGAGAGUGUUGAGAAAGAUUUGGAUAUAGCAGAGGGAUGUUGGAGACAUAUCAAGACAAUUUUCACCAAGUUGGAAGAAUAUAGGGCGUUCGAGUUGCUCCGCACCGGAUCCGAGAGGUCCAAGUAUCUCUUAGUCAAAGAGGCCAAGAUCAUUGCAAUGACUUGCACUCAUGCGGCGCUUAAACGGAGGGAUCUGGUGCAGUUUGGUUUCCAGUACGACAAUGUGCUGAUGGAGGAAGCGGGACAGAUCUUGGAGAUAGAGACGUUUAUUCCUCUGAUGCUGCAGAAAGAGAAGGACGGUCGCAACAGACUCAAGCGCUGGAUCAUGAUUGGAGACCACAACCAGCUGCCGCCAACUGUUAAGAACAUGAGUUUUGCUAAGUAUUCAAACAUGGAGCAAUCUCUAUUCACUAGACUUAUCAAGUUGAACGUGCCAACAGUCACACUGGACGCGCAAGGGAGAGCAAGAGCUUCUCUCGCUCAACUCUACAGCUGGCGAUACGAGACCCUGGGUAACCUACCUCAUGUCCAGCUCAGACCGGAGUUCACAAGGGCGAAUGCCGGCUUCUGUUUCGACUACCAGGCAAUCAACGUAGGAGAACUGAACGGGUUGGGAGAGACGGAGCCGGCUCCUCAUUUCUUCCAGAACCUCGCCGAGGCUGAGUUCGUUGUUGCCACUUACAUAUACAUGAGACUAAUUGGAUACCCAGCUGAAAAGAUUACUAUAUUAACCCAGUAUAACGGGCAGCGUAUGUUACUGAAUGAUGUGGUCAUGAAGAAGUGUGCUCAAAAUCCUUUGAUAGGAGCUCCUCACAAGGUCGAGACUGUUGACAAAUAUCAGGGCCAGCAAAACGACUAUAUUUUACUGUCGUUGACCAGAACCAGAUCAGUGGGACACUUACGGGAUGUCAGACGUCUGGUGGUGGCCAUGUCCAGAGCAAGACUGGGUCUGUACGUGUUCGCCAGAGUAGACCUCUUCAGAGACUGCAUAGAACUGAGUCCGGCGUUUGUUCGUUUUGUACAGAGACCCCUUACACUACACUUGGCUCCAACGGAACAGUUCCCAACUGCAAGACCCAACUCACAGUUCCCCACGAAUCCCAUGAAGAUCACAGAUGUCACUCAGAUGUGCCACUUCGUACAUAACAUGUACGAGCAGAAGCGUGCUUUCUUCGAACACCAAGCGAUGCGACAACACCAUCAGCAACAUUCCCAGCAGCCAGAUAUGAUGGACAUUAAUAGUCCGCAAGUGAUAACGGAACAAUCGAACACCAACGAGACAGAAUAUGUGGCUUCCUCGCAGCAUGAUAGUGGAGUUGCAAUAUCGUUUGACGGAGCACAGACCAGUGCUGAAGAUGCAGAUCACCCUCUGGUCACGUUUGACAAUUCGAGUGUGGGCCAGGUGGUGGCACCCCAUAUGCAGCCUCCAGAUCAGGCCAUGGAGGAGGACUUACAGAUGUUAGAGACGUACGAUGAGUUGCGAGACUCCAUACAAGUGCGCUACAAUACAGACUCGUAAAUGCAUAGUUUUGUUGUUGUUUUUGAUUUUUCUUGAUUUUAACUGUCCUAAAUUAAAUCUAUAAAAUAAA